GCUGAAUCGGUUUGCCAAACUUAUCAGGACCCUUCUGCUGUGAUGACCUAGUCAACGAGACAAGAGAUCGGUGUGCCCUCGAGAAGUGUGUUUGCAGCACGUCCGCUCGUGUCCGUAUCUGUACCCGACAAAUGAAACAUCGGCUUCGUGAACAGUAUCGUACAACAUAGUCGUGCAACAUCGUACUACGUGCACCGACUUGUAAGUAAGUAGUGAUCUUAACCCGGUGAAGAUUGUUGCUUGCGCAGAUGUUGCUUUUUUCUAAAUUUGCCUUGCAGGAUUUCGACGUAGCGACCCCCCUAUAUAGAAAAAGUGCGUAGAUUCGGCCAGAUUGCAUCGAAGUAGGGUGAAGUAUCACCGCAUGCAACUGCACUAGUAUACAAGAUAGAAGCCGAUUGGUGUCUACAUUUGCUGUAUCAGUCUUUUCACCAUGUAUCAGUGGGUGCUUCUUACUUUCUAUAUUAGCUUUCGAAGCGUAUCAUGUGCCCGGUUGGCGGGUACUGGAGUAGAUCUAUUUGGCAGGGCGUGCUAAAUUCUGACGCUACGCUCUGACAUGCAUCCUAAAUAUCACGGUGUAAACAUACAGUUUUGCUAGAAGUGUACCCACUGACUAUAUCAGUUUUGACUCUUCUGAACCAGGAUCAACGUUUGAGAGCCACGCCCGCCGCAGCCAUGUUGUCUUCACGUCCUGGCGCCCCCGUUGCUGUGGUUCAGCUCACGGAAGAGGACGAGCCACCGGGGACAUCACGACCCCCAUUUUCCGUGCCGAAACCCGUGCAGAUUUCGAAGCGAUCUUGGACUUACCCACUCCUUUUCGAGGACAUUGCGGCUUUUACUGCCACCACAGACCUCCACCAUCAAGGCCUCACCGCGGGAGCAGGUGGCUCCUCUCCCCUUUCCGGCCCCGCCAGCCCGUCGGGCGAUUUCAGGAGCGCGCAGCCGCAUGGGAUUUUGACCAGUGAAGACUUCUGUUGGGAGGAUCGGUUCGUGGACCUUGCUCCGUUGGCGCGGGGGGGCUUCGGUCGCGUGUACUCAGCGGUUGACACUUUAAACCGGAACCGAAAAGUCGCGCUGAAAAUGGAGAGCAUAGGCAGCCGCCACGCGGUGUUACUGGAGGAGGCCAAGGUGUUGCAGAAACUGCAGGGGCUGAUUGGCGUGCCGAGGUUGUUUGGAUACGGAGUGCAGGGGAUCCAGAAUGUCAUGGUGAUGGAGAUGGUGGGGCCCAGCAUGGCCCAGAUGCUGGCCCGCCACGGCUCGAACGAGUUCGAUGUGAAAACCUGGGUCCUGAUUGCGCUGCAGAUGCUCCGGAUCCUGGAGGGGAUUCACAAGGCGGGCUACGUGCACCGCGACGUGAAGCCCAGAAAUUUCGCGUUGACGAUGCCGGCCAGCAGCGAGCCAGGUGGAUACAGUGGGGAGGCUGGAGCAGGUAAAUAUGGAGGCGGAGCGGACGACUACACCGUGACGGGACUUUUGUCGCAUAACACGAGUACGGAUGCGCAACAGGGCAGCAGCGAAGGUGACAGCCACACUUUGUCAUUCUUCAGUGGGAGCGGGAGGGAGCUCGGACUGGGAGCGAAAAAAGAAGAGGAAACGGCUACAACGACGGCGUCGUCCCGACGGUUCGGUUUUACUUCACAGCGCACGGCAUCGGGCUUUCGCGUCGGAGCCAAGGGCUGGGGCUUUCGGUACGGAAAGUGCAUCAUUUUGCUCGAUUACGGGCUCGCCAAGCCGAUCGAGCGACGAACCACGGGAAGUAAUAGUGCGGGCGGUUCUGCGCUUCCCGGCUUGCCGGGCGACCUAGACGGGACGGCGCGAACCAAGACUGCCGGCGCAGUCCUAGUCACGAAGCAGUCCAAUGCUUACAAGUCUCGGUCGCAGCAGUUUUCUCCCUCCCGAGGAUCAAAUACUCCGAUGAUCGCCGGGCCUCUUUCUAAUUCUAACCGUGGUAAUUAUGUUGGCCGCCCGGCCUCGCGAGAGUUUGCGCCGCCUGCCCGGGGCGGGAGCAACUCGCCACUUCAAGGCGGCGGCAGCCCGGUGCUGGCCCGGCAACGCGGCAGAAGCAACGAUCUUCCCUCCCCGCCCCUUGGUGGCGCAGGCCCGGUGCUUGCUCGGCAGCGCGGAAAACAGGAUCAAAAUCCAGCGUACGGAAGCCCGCUGAAGAAAGUGGUGUCGGGGCAAGAGUUUCUGGAUCUCGACGGUGGCGAUAAUGUAAUCGCACAGCUCUCUGGCGGAAGGAGAAUAGCAAACAUAGGCGGGAGCUCCGGCAGCACUCCAUCUCCCGUUCCGGCCGCAAGAUCGAAGAACAAGAAUUCGGAUUAUGCGGUACAACAGCAACUUCCGGGGACGCGUCAGAAUCUGCUUCUGCAACCAGCCAAUAACCAACCUCCGCAGCUCGAGCAAUGCGCGAUUGACAUGCUGUGUGGAAUGACGCACGAGAUGGUUGUGGAGUUGCUAAAGCGCGGGGAUUUGUUGGAAGAUUUUGUACGGCAGGGAGUCAAGGAGGGUCUCGCCGUGGGCGUCGUGAAUCUGAACUUCAACAAUCCUGCCCCACCGCGACCGCAACUCGCGGUCUCGUCUUUUCCCACCGAGGCGAGCGAAACCGCAGAGAUGUGGCCGGGCGGAGGCAAGGACCGCACGUCGACCUUCAGCCUGCUCCGGGAGGACUUCGACCUGCAAUUCCCGCCGCAGAAGCGGGUGGAUAGGGCGGUGAUGCAGCGCAAACCGAGCAUCAACCACGUAUCGUCCCGGCGGGACCAGUUUUUGGCUGCCCUCACCGCGGACGGAGCGGUACCGGGGUCCAUCCGCGGGGACUGGUUCCGGCAGGUGGGCACGCGUGAGGUGAUCCAGGAGUUCGCGCUCUCCGCCGGCCGCUGGUACUUGGACAGCAUGGGCUCCUCCUUUCUGACCGGCAGCGCAAUGGUAACUGACGAGCAAGCAAUGCAACUCGCCAACAAGGACAUACUACAGAACGAAGUGAUCCCUGGGAGCAUUCUCGACGUCCCCGGUGCGACAGGUAGUAGUCUUAAACUUUCGCGAAAAACGAGCAAGGACAGAGAGAAAAAGAAAAAAGCGACCAUUGCCGCAGGGCCCCCGGUGGUCCGCAAGCAGUUCUCGCGGGAGGACUACCACGGCGUGGGUGCAGCAGGGCACUACCAUGCACUAGACAACAAUGCGUUCGUGGGUACGGUUGACUUCGCCUCACCCGGUGCGCACGAUCGGGACAGCGUGCGCUACCUGGACGAAGUGGAUGAUCUUUACGGACUAGGAUACACGCUCGUCGCCCUGAUGAACAAGGGCAAGCUGCCGUGGUCCCGCCCCGAUUCCAUGGAACUCGAGGAACAGGUGGGCGUCGAAAAGCGCAACAUUUCCGCACAGGCACUCUGUGCAAACUGCCCCCACAAGUUCCUCGAUUUCUUCGACUACUUGCGGGAACUGCGCCCAGAGUACUGCGAAUCUUCGGGAACUGGUGGAGGUUCUUACGGGAAUAAAACGAAAUCUUCCACGAUCAAAGGUGUUCAGCCGGGUGUGAGGGACAGCCUUUCGACGACGAUGUCCCGGGAAAGUUCUUCGUCGACCCCCGAGUUGAACAUUGACUACCAGCGCAUCUCGAAACUGUUCUUGGAAAUCGCAGACGAGGAGGAAAUCAAUAUCCAGGAUGUGGGCUACUUCUGGGACCGCACCAAAUCAACCUGGGGUGACCAUCUAUACGGAAAAAACUGCUAUCCCCGAUUGCUUGGGCAACUCGAGCAGAGGCGCCGGUUUGCGUCGUAGCGCGCAAAAUGUAAACUGCGUUGCUCGUUCGAACGAGGGAACUCUGCUGUUGAUUUUGCGGAGUUGGUGGACUUCGAAUUUGAUGGGCAAGAAAACGCGCCAAUUGUAAAGUAACCUGUGUAUAGAAAUGUACCAAUCAAUCAAAAAAAGGAAUGUCUCGUUCUCG